AUGGCGUUUGAAAUGAAUAAUUCCUGGUUAAAUUUAACGAAUCAAUCCAUUGUAAAUGAUAAUGAUGAGCGAUUCAACUUUAAAUCGACCUCAGAAGACUUCUUUAUUCGUGAAGGCGAACGAUUCAUACGUGAAGAUCCAUUAGUGCCUUUUUCGAAUUCGAUUCUGACGGAUAUAACACAAAACCAAGAUCAAUCAUGGUCAAACGAUCACAAUCCUGGCAGUCCUGGUUGUUCCACUACAACAUUUUUCAUGGCCAAAUCAUCGACACCUGACGAAAUGCUCAAUGCACUCCUUACUGGAAAAACAGAUAGCAUAACUACAAAAGAAAAUCAACAACCAACAUCAUCACGAAAUCUUGUUCAAGGAUGGAAUGAACUGAGUUUAAUGAAUAAGAAAUCCAUCAGUGGACUCAACUUGCGACAACAGAAAGAUUCACCAUUUAUCGAAAAUUGCAAUACUAUUGUGAAAAAAUCCAAGACUGUUCUAACACCAACUCAACCAAUCAAGGGCGAAGUCAGUCGAUCUUUAUUCGAUUCGAAACCUCAAUCUACUUCUACAAGUGUCAACUGUGAUAUCCUUGAUUUAACAGCAACGAGUAAUCAUAGUCGUCGACAUAGUUUAGACUUAUCGGAUAGUAUGUCAAUCCUUUCCCUUCACUGUCGUCAUAAUCAUCAUCUCAAUGGAAAUAUUUAUCCAAAUAUGGUUUCGCCAGCUGAUGCGUCAACUGUAAAUACAGAAACUCAAACAUCGCAUUUAGCAGGAGGAGGAUCAUCAUCAUCAUCGUCAUCGGCAAAUUCAUCACGUACGCAAAUUCAUCAUAAUCAACAACAACAACAACAUGCACAUUCAUCGACACAUUUUCCCUCAUGGCCUCCACAUCAUCCUCAACCAUUAUUUUAUCCAGUCGUGUCUUAUCAUCCUAUUUACUCUUAUGCACCCUCAGCAUCUUCAUCGAUACCUCAUCAACCCGCUCCACUCUGUAUUCAUCCACCAGCAACGACGAUUAGUAGCUCAUCAGACAUCUAUAGUCAUCAUCACGAUACGAACAGUCCAAUAAUAACUUCACUUCACAGUCAACCGAGUGAUGAUAAAUCAUCAACAUCAUCCUUUCAACGUAAUAGUCGUUCAUCAUCAUCAUCAUUACUUUCGGCUAAUUCUCAACGACUAAGUCAUCAUCAACUAAACGAACAACAUGAUCAUUGGUGGCUCGACAUUCCAUCGUCAACUAUCUUUCGCAUGCCAUCAUGUUAUGCCCAUCAAACAAGUUCCAUCGAUGUUGCUAUUAAAAACAAUGGUUCUAUCGAUAUUACAUUAACAGUCAAUAUUCACAAAUGGGAUAUUAUAUCAGACACAAGUUCGACAUCGAAUGAACAUCAUCAAAUCAUUCCCUUUCAAUUAGACAAAACGGAAUAUUUAGUCAAGUCUCAACAAGAAACUUCGAUCAAAGUUCAUUUUUGCCCAUUUCAAACGGGUAAUUACCAAUGCAAAUUAAACAUCAAAUGUCAAUUUUGUUCUUCACAUCAACCACCGCCAUCGACAUCAUUGGUAACCUUGGUCGGUGUUUGUCAUGAUCCACGUAAUGAGCAUCCCAUCUUGCUUUCAUCAUCUAAAGAACAUCAACAAGCAAGAAAUUCCGAUGAAAAUCUCAUUAAUCGGAUAUCAUGUCAAAGUCAAGUUUCAGAUAUGUCAUUAGCCUCAACAACAGCGCAAAGCGACGGUGAUUUAACAUCUACUAGCCAACAUCGACAAAAGGAUGCCAUACUUGACAUUGCCAAUCAAAUUGGUAUUGAACAGAACAUACUCGACUUCGGUCAGGUUUAUAUUAACGAUGAUUUAACUACGAAUUCCAAAACAUUGAAGUUAACAAUAAAAAAUUACAGUCGAACAGACCCGUGUGAUGUUGAUAUUAAUGAGCCACAUCUUCCAUUCUGCAUCAGUGUACGUCGUGCGACAAUAAGAGAAAAGUCAUUUGUGAAAUUAACUUGCAAAUUUCGUCCAAAAAAAGUGGGAUUAUAUAGUGAAAACGUGAUUUUGACUAUCAAACGACGAAAUAAUUUCAAAACAACAAUUACAUUAACUGGUCGAUGUAUUCUGGAAAGUCAACAUACGAUUCUGCAUGAUUCCAUUGAAACUGAAGAAUAG